AUGCUGCACGCUUUCACGACGGCGGAUCUCGGGAAGCGGACGCGCUCGUCGGCUUGCAGCAUGGGGGGGCCUCCCGGCGUGGGCGCGGCAGCGGUGUUCUUCCGCCUCGGCCGCCAGUACCUCCAGCUCGGCUACUCGCAGAGGGCAGCGAACCUCUUCCAGCUUGCCAUGAGCAUGUUCUGGGACGCCUCGCGGUCGGAACACGGCAUGGAGUGCCUGCAGCUGGAGAUGUGGGGCAUCCGGUGGUUCGAGGACUUCAUGGAGGCCUACAUCCCCCACGCCGCGAGGCUGCAGCGGAACAGUCUGGCGAUGUUGCCUCAUCAGGCGUCCUGGGAGGUGCCCGCAGGCUACCGCGAUCCGUCGCUGAAUAUCGCCGUGUUCUCGCUGUGCGACUAUGCGCCAGGCGCUCCGAUGCACUGGCUGCUCGCGAGGUCGCAGCAGAACCGGCAGGCCUACUGCGGCCGCCACGGAUACGGUAUGGAGUGGACCAGCCAGCGCCCAGCGCUGUCGUCCUCGCGGCACCCUGUCUGGGGGCAGCUGGCUGGGCCGCUGGAGCUUCUGCUGAACGGCGCAGGCCGCCCGUACGAUUGGGUCAUGUCGAUGGACUGUGACUCGCUGUUCGUGAACAUGGACGUGACGCUCGACUCGCUCAUCUACCGCUUCGCCGGCCGCGACACGCCCUGGGGGUCCCUGGAGAUCGAUCCGGAGGUGCACUUCCUGAUCUCCGAGGACGGCCGCGGCCUCGCGGGCGGGAACUGGAUCGUGCGCAACUCGCCGGAGGGGCGCCGGUUCUUGACGGAGGUGUACGGCCAGGACGAGCCCGAGAGGAACCCGUACCUGAGGCACGACCUGCGCGACCAGUUUUCGCUGCUUUGGCACCUCGUGCGCCCCGGCGUCUCCGUGCCCAAGCCCACCGAGCGCGCGCUGCAGCUCGGCGCGGCCGCCCCGGCCGCGCCGGCGGGCUGGCCCGACGUGGGCUACACGCCGGGGGUGCGGCUCGUGCCUCAGGAGAUGCUGCUGGGGUCCUACCCGCACGUGAGCUGCUCCAACCAGGGCGACCGCGCGCACCGUUGCUGGCAGGGCGCGGCCGAGGGGGGCGCCGACUUCAUCGUCUCGGUGCCGCUCCUCGGGUCGCUGCCGCAGGACAUGGCGCAGGCGAUGCUCGACCGGUUCCUGCUGGAGGCGGUGGGGUCGCUGGGGGACCCCGCCUACGAGCAGCAGCUGCGCGGCCUGUGCGCGUCCGCGGACAUCUCCCGCUGCCUGAUGGGCGGCGGGGGGCGGGGGGGCUGA